AUGAAGGCACUGAUUUCUUGGCCACUACUGCUUUUCCUCUGUGCCACCUCCUUCGGGGACCCACUGGCAAAGGUGGCACCUGUGGAUGAUCCUAGACCCAUAGGCCAGAGACUGGGACCUCUGAGGGCCCUGGACCCCUGGGAGCAGGACCUGCGGUGCACGGAGAGAAAGCCUGUCCCAGCCGGGCCGAGCCCUCGGGGGGCCUCGCUGUGUCCCCCUGGCGAGAGCUCUGCGGGGCCCCAGGUGAUGGGUCCAUGCUCCCCGCGCAGUCGCCUGAUCCCCGCGCCCCGGGGCGCGGUGCUGGUGCAGCGGGAGAAGGACCUGUCCUCCUACAACUGGAACUCUUUCGGUCUGCGCUAUGGCAAGCGGCAGACAGCGCCUGGAAGCCGCCGGGGAGGCGCUGAACCUGGCCCAGGGCGCAGGUGCGGGCAGUGA